AUGUUUGUGACAACUGCGUCUCUCGACAGGGCUGCUACUUGGUCGAAAUCAGAAAAGAGCAGGAGAAUAUUGGUGCGACAGAAAGAAGGAAAAACGAAGGAAAGACGAGGAAGGAAGAAGGAAAACCGCGAAGAGAAGAGAGGAAGAAGGGGAAUCCGAUUUGGCUUGUUUAGGGCUGAUCCCAGGUCACAUUCCAGCUUAACGGGCGAUCAGGGGAACAUAAUUGUACAACCUCCGUAG